AUGUGGGGCUUUAAGCCGAGAAGACAGCCCCAAAUUUCAAACACAAAUGCAGCAGCUUGUGAUGCCACCUUGGAGUCAACUGAGGAACAUAAAGGAACAUGGUGUACAGACACAGCAACCCGAGGAGUUGGUUUUACUAAGUGGGGAUCCCAGGUGCAAUUGUCCCAGGAAACAGAAAGCUUGGAGGAGAAGGAAGAUGAGGAGGAGAGAAUCCCCACUUUGUUUCCAUUUACUCCUGCCUUUUCUUCCCGAGCUGCGGCAUCUUCAUCAGUGCUGAACAUUAAUGUUGGUGGGCACAGCUACCAGCUCACUUACCAGGCUGUGGCCAUCUACCCUACAACGCGGCUGGGCCGCUUGGCCACUUCCAUUGACCGCAGCUGCCAGCUAGGCCUGUGCGAUGACUAUGCAGCUCAAGGUGAUGAAUAUUUCUUUGAUCGCGAUCCUGCUGUCUUCCAGCUGGUUUACAACUUCUAUGCUUCAGGUGUGUUACGGGUGCAGGAUGAACUGUGCCCCUUCAGCUUCUUGGAAGAGUUGAGUUACUGGGGGAUUAGACUCAAGUACACACCACGGUGCUGCCGCAUUUGCUUUGAGGAGAGAUGUGAUGAGCUGAACGAGCAGCUGAAAGUGCAGCAAGAGCUGCAGGCCCAAGCUGCCGCCCAGGAAAGUGAGCAUCUCUUCCGCCACAUGCGCUAUGCUGAACAGCGUUGGCGCCUUUGGAACCUCAUGGAAAAGCCCUUCUCCUCUACAACAGCAAAAGCCAUGGGGGUGGCCUCCAGUUUCUUUGUACUCAUCUCAGUGGUAGCACUGGCUCUCAACACUGUAGAGGAGAUGCAGCACAAGGAUCAGGGCACUGGAGAGAUUCAUCCCAUGCUAGAACAUGUGGAGACGUUCUGCAUUGCCUUCUUCACACUGGAAUAUGUGCUGCGGCUGAUCUCCACCCCAGACAUACGCCGCUUUGCUAGUAGCACGCUCAAUGUUGUGGACCUCAUUGCAAUAUUGCCCCUCUACCUCCAGCUAGUGUUGGAACAUUUUGUCGAUGAGGACCAGCCUCGUGGCCAAGGUUCUCAGCAUGAAAAUGACAUUGAGAAGGUGGGGCGGGUGGGGAAGGUAGGGCAGGUGCUACGCAUCAUGCGACUUAUGCGUAUUUUCCGCAUCCUCAAGUUGGCCCGCCACUCUACAGGGUUACGGGCCUUUGGCUUCACUUUGCGCCAGUGCUAUCAGCAGGUGGGCUGCCUCUUGCUCUUCAUUGCUCUGGGAAUUUUUGCCUUCUCUGCUAUGGUCUACACAGUGGAACAUGAUGUUUCCAGCACAAACUUUACCAGCAUCCCACAUGCCUGGUGGUGGGCUGCCGUAAGCAUUUCUACAGUGGGCUAUGGAGAUAUGUGCCCAGAAACCUAUUUGGGGCGACUAUUUGCUUUCUUUUGCAUUGCUUUUGGAAUAAUUCUGAAUGGAAUGCCCAUCUCUGUCCUCUAUAAUAAGUUCUCAGACUAUUACAUCAAGCUGAAAGCUUACGAGUAUACAGCUAUACGGAAGGACAGAGGGAAAGUAGAUUUUGCACGGAGAGCCAUGAAGAAAAUGUCAGAGUGCUAUGGAAACAGGCCAACCCAAUUACCAAGACACAGAUACAAUUAA